GGCUACUUCCCGUGGAAGCCAAAGCCCCACUCCCCUGCAGGCUCUCAGCUGCUGUGAAACCUUUUACCAGAAAGGCUGCUGUUACAGGAAAUAACUUUCAUUCUCCCUUCCUCCUUCUUGAUAUCACAGUCUCCAGAAAAAGAGGAUCUGCGUCCAGACCAGAAUCAAAAUCAGGCAGUCCCAUUUUCAGACUGUACCUAGAGAGUCUGCACUUGGUCGCUGGGAGUCAUUGCCUUAGACCUCUCCCUGUCAUCUUCCAGAAACAAUCUGCAGUCUCUGAGGUGGAAGGUAAGUAGGACCAGGAGCAGCGGAGCAUAGGCUCCAAGGCUGAGGCUCCCAGACACCCAGACAUGGGCAGCAGCCUUCCAACUGUCCUGCCUGCACUCCCAGACUGUGUGUCACUUUUGCUGACUAACGCCUUCCCUGGGGUGGAUUCGGUGGAGAGGGAAGCCCAGGUUCCCAACAGUCCCUAGGUGGGUUGCAUCUCACAGGACAUUUUCAGGUCUGGGUCUGGGACAGUCACUGCUUUUUUUCUUCACGACACCUGUGGUCUUCCUGGGGUUGGGUAGGGUAUUUAUGUGUGGGUGCACCCACUUCUUCCCCUGCUUCUUUUCAACAAAUCUCUCCGAGACAGGAGUGCUAGGAUGCUCUAAGCCCAGCCUGUCCUCUAGAGGCAUCUCCAACAACAGCCUCUGACCCCGGCUGGGCACAGGAGGAGAAAGCUGUCCCGCCAUGGUAGGAGAGUGGGAGGAUAACGGCCAUGGGUUUCUUGGUACCCACAGAUGUCCCAUUCUAGCCUGCACCCAUCCAUCCCACGGCCUAGGGGGACCAGAGCCCGGAAGGCAGCCUUCGUUCUGUUGACUGUCUGCCUGGCAGUCCUUUGGGUUCUGGGAGAGCCACCAGAACACAUUCUCCGAUGGCUGGUGCUCCACCUGGCCUCCCUGCAGCUGGGACUGCUCUUCAAGGGGGUCUGUCAUCUGACUGAGGAGAUGUGCCACCUCCACUCCAGGUACCAGGGCAGCUACUGGAGGGCUAUGCGGGCUUGCCUGGGCUGCCCCAUUCGUUGUGGGGCUCUGCUGCUGCUGUCCUGCUAUUUCUAUGGCUCCCUCCCAAACACAGCUGGCCUGCCCUUCACCUGGAUGCUUGCCCUCCUGGGCCUCUCAGAGGCACUGAACAUCCUCCUAGAGCUCCAGGGCCUAGCCCCGGCUGAGGUCUCUGCAGUCUGUGAGAAAAAGAACUUCAACGUGGCCCACGGGCUUGCAUGGUCAUAUUACAUUGGGUACCUGCGACUGAUCUUGCCAGGGCUCCCAGCCCGGAUACGCAUGUACAAUCUACAGCACGCCAACAUGCUCCAGGGCUUGGGGAGCCAUCGACUACACAUCCUCUUCCCUCUGGACUGUGGGGUUCCUGACGACUUGAGUGUGGCCGACCCCAACAUUCGCUUCCUAUAUGAGCUGCCGAAGCAAAGUGCUGACCGUGCUGGCAUCAAGGGCCGGGUUUACACCAACAGCGUCUAUGAGCUUCUGGAAAAUGGGCAACCGGUGGGCAUCUGUGUCCUGGAGUAUGCCACCCCCUUGCAGACCCUUUUCGCCAUGUCACAGGAUGGCCGAGCUGGCUUUAGCCGGGAGGAUCGGCUUGAGCAGGCCAAACUCUUCUGCCGAAUACUUGAAGACAUCCUGGCAGAUGCCCCUGAAUCACAGAACAACUGCCGCCUUAUCGUCUACCAGGAACCUGCAGAGGGAAGCAGCUUCUCCCUGUCACAGGAGAUUCUCCGGCACUUGCGGCAGGAGGAAAAGGAGGUCACUAUGGGUGGCCCGGACACCUCGAUUGCACCCAAUUCCUCCACGCUGUCCCAGGAGCCCAAGCUCCUCAUCAGUGGCUUGGAACAGCCUCUCCCACUCCGCACGGAUUUAUUCUGAUGCUCAGGGUUCGCUGGCCUGAAAUCCCAGUGCUCCCCAAGACUCUGGAUCCCCGAGACUGUGGAUUGAAGGGCUUUCUUUAGCAGCUGAAUGCCCAGCAGAACCACUUCCUCCCACAGGGAGCCUCUCAGAGAAGGUCCCUGAACUUAACAUUUCAAGACGAAUCCUAUGACUUUGGGCAAGUAGUUUUACCUCUCUGAACCUCAGUGUCCUCAUCUGUGAAAUGGGAUUAUAAUCACUGUCCUACCUAUCUUGCAGGGUUGUUGUGAGGAUUAUGAUUGUAUGGAACAUUUUUGUAAACUCUAAAUGCCAGAUAAAUGUAAGGGAUGUGUCAGGUGUC